GACGCCAUACAUCUAACUCGAACGUAGCCUACUCAUAUCGGUUUAGCUUGAACGUAACAAAGCAUCAGUUUCCAUACUGAGACCAUGCUCGCCGCUCCUUACGCAAUUCUUCGACGAUGAAGCGGGUAUGCUGGGGCGGUGAGCCAUCGCGCUUGGCUUGCAUCGCCCUGCUGGCCGGCAUACUAGCCGUGACGGCGCAACCUUGGAACGAUGACGCACCGGGCACUCGACUGGUUCAGUCAGCGUUACAGUUGCGAGACGCCCUGGCGGAUGCAACUGUCGCUGAAGUGCUGGUAAACACCAGCAUUGUGAUAAACGGAACAGCCUGGCGACCUGUGGAAGUCACACGGAGCCUUACGGUACGCGCAACCCGCGCCCUUCUCAAGGCGAAUCGCUACGCGGUUGUUGACUUCGGAACUACGGUCAUGCUGUUCUCCCUGGGGUCGGGCAACGUCCUGACUUGGAUAGGAAUCGACGUUUACACCUCACAUGCGACGCUUGGCCCCGUAUUCCGUCCACUGCGUCAGUCUCCUGGGUCUGUUCUGUCAUUCAAGACAUGCAUCAUCCACAGACUUGUGGGGGUGCCGUACGAGGCUGGGAUUACCAAUACUGCUGCCAUCCCACGCCCGGCGGGCUACCCAGGCGUACAGCGUGUGAGCAGUACUAAUGGCAACAUCACUCUGCUAACAACUGACCUCAAACCCCGCGUGUUGACACAAGUCGGCAUUCUUGACGACUUUGCAGCCUACAUACCGCCGGACAGUUCGCUGGCGGGCCAGAACCUGUUCUUCGGGGAUUACGUCGUGCUGGUACAUGACUCGUACUUCCUAAUAGAUUACUUCGCAAACGCGACCUGCCUCGCCACUCGGCCGGGCAUCGAGUGCCUGGCCAUUCUACUAGAUGAGGUUGAAGCGGACAAGGCCCGGAAGGAGGCAGCGCAGCAGGCGGCUGCGGACAGCGGCAGUGGCGGUGGUGACAACACGGCCACGAUCGUGGUUGCUGUGGUGGUGCCGGUGGGUACUGUGCUCCUGGUGGCUCUAUUGGGGUCCAUCUGGUGGGUGCGCCGCAACAGGCGGCGGGAGCUGGAGCAGCAGCAGCGCGCCAAAGCCGCCGCGGACAAAGCAGCAGACUUGGAGGCGGGCGGCCCACGGGAGAAGACGGGCACUGGCGGCGCGCGGCUGGGCGUGCUAGCGCGCGGUGUGCAGAACGGCGUUGGCGGCGUUUUCUUGGGCAUCAAUGGCGAGAAGGAUCUACCGGAGUGGUCGGAGGCGGCGCAUCAUGAGGCGGACGACCUUGGAGACAUGGAACAGCCUGCGCCUGUAACCGGCCUGGCUGGCAAUGGCCGGCGGGGAGCGGACAGUGUUGCAAUCAUGGAAACGAUUGCGGAAGCCAUCAGCGGCGCCAGCAGUACUUCCCUUCAACUGCCACCGGCACAACCGGCACCAUCUGCUGAGUACCAGACCAAGGUGGAAGCGCACCAGCUGUCAGGCCCACUGCAAGCAUCAGUCACUACGCCCGGCAUGGGCCAACACUUGCCACCCGACGUUGCAAGUGGGAAGCAAGCAGCCGCACCAGACCAGGCGGGAGCCGACAUCAGCACACAGAGCUGUUCGCAGCGCGCUCGCUUGAAGCCGGCGCUCUCGUGUGCCCUGGACGGCAGUGAGGCACUUGCCCUGGUGUCGGUGGGGGCGGACGGCCAAGCAGACACACUGGCGACGGAGUGUGCCCUGUUCGGCUCAGCGGGUGGCACUGUGGACAUCAAAGUCCCGGAGCGCGCCCCUUCCCCUCAGGAGGUGGUCGCAGAGCUGGGAGCUCUGGUGAAGGAGCUUCGCGGCACCAUCGGCCACGUGGCGAUCGUGCUUGAGGGCGUGUUGGGGCACGGCUCGUUCGGCACCGUGUACAAGGGCACGUGGCAGGGCUUGCCUGUCGCGGUCAAGACAGUGGUGUUCAGUGCCACACAAAAGAGCCGCAAUCACGCGCUUAAGGAAGCGGCACUGUGCCAGAGCAUUGUCCACCCCAACGUCAUCGCCACCUAUGGGAGCGAGCUACAGCCUAUCGGGGUCCUGCCUCCUCCCGCCGCGUCGUCAACCAGGGCACCGAGGGCAUUGGGUGACCCUUCACCGCCGCCGGCGCGCAAGAUGUCCGACCUCAACAUCAAGGACUGGCGUCUGUACAUCAUCCAGGAGUUUGCGGACGGGGGGCCGCUGGGCAACCUGUACGGACACCGCGCGCUGUGGCUCUCGCCCGGCGUCGUCAACCUGGCCGCGCUGGUCACCCUUGCCCUGGGCAUCGCCCGCGCCCUGGCGCACCUGCACUCCAAGCGCAUCGUGCACGGCGACCUCAACCCCAACAACGUGCUGCUGAAGCGGGACCCCGCGGAGCCGUCUGGUUACGGGGUCAAGGUCGGCGACUUCGGCCUCAGUGUGAUGCUGCCCAACGACCGCACGCACUUGAGCAACAUCUGCAUGGGCACCAUGUUUUACAUCUGCCCAGCCGUGGCGUGCAAGGGCCUGCUGGGACCGGCAGCGGACGUGUUCUCUCUGGGCGUCAUCUUGUGGGAGCUGUACCACGGCCGGCGUGCGGGAGUACGGACCCAGGAGGGGCCCCGGUACUGUAGCAACUUCCCCGCCUUCCCGCCCACCUGCCCCGAGAUCUACAAGGUUAUCGCGCUGCAGUGCCUGCAGCGUCAGCCGCAGAACCGGCCGUCGGCGACCGUCAUCGUGGGUGCGCUGGAGCACCUCAUGGCAAACCUUGGUCUCGCGCAGGCGUCGUGCCUUACCGCCGCGGCUACGGGUGUGGCGAAUGCAACGCCAUUGCCCCCGCCUGCCGCGGGGCCUGAAGGCGCUGGCACUCAUGAUGUGCGUAUGUGCGGCUAGCCAGGCUUUUACCAUAGCAUGCACUUUGCCAUGUACAGCAUUGGCAAGCUAUGCAUACGUGCAAAGGCCUUGGGUUGCUUACCUACGAUGGGAGAGAACUUGUUACUGAGCGAAACACGCUAAAUGACGUGUGAAAGAUGCAACUUUGGAUGCCUUUUGUGCUAUGAAGUGACUGCAACUAGAAUUGUGAAAUUGUAUGCCUGGACUUGGUCCUAAACUCUAUAAUUUCUUAUUGUUAGCAGGCUGACAUGCAUGUGUGACCAUUUCAAGACACAUUGCUCAACUGUCACCUUGCCGUGCCAUGCGUGCGCCGAAUGGGUCACAUGCAUUGUUGCACGAUUCUGUGUAUCCCCUGUCUGCCGGAGCUGUCUAAAUUUACUGGAACUAUUGUCGUGCACUGAGGCGUAUUCAAGUGCUUAGCCGACAUCGCCUGGACGCAGAGUGAAACACGCGUACGUGCGCAAGGCAAUGGCUGUCGGGCUUCCAGCACUAACAUAAGACUGUCAUCAAUCCGUAAGCACUGGGCAGAGCUGUGAAGUGUGAUAUGUUGUAUGGAAGUGUGGUACUUGCAUUUCGUGUCAGCGGACGCCCCUGUGGGACGCCCCUCUGCUUUGGCAUUCUCUUAGUCCUGCGCCUUGAGCUCCUCCAUGGCGCUGCCCCAGUCCACCUUGGCCUCCUGUGCGUGAACGGGGAAGGGUUGCUGGUGUUGGUAGUGUUUUACCCUUGGUAAAUGUGCGGCGACACGCCGACACCGUUUCGCACUUACGCACUUAGAGGGUUGUGGCGCUAUCGCUCAGUACAAUUCAUAUAAUCACCCCCUGGCUGUGUUCUGUUGCAGAAGGGAACUGAGAUGGGGGCUGAGAUGUGAUGUGGAGUACUGGGUCGGUGUCAGGUGUGCGGUGACUGCAGCGUCGUGCUGGGGCUCACGCCCUCCGGGCGCAACCGCGACCCUGGGGUGAGAAGGCCAGGAGUGGGCCUGAGCCACGAUCGAGCCCAUGAACGCCCAGCGGCCCCUACAUGCCAUAAUGCCAAGGCAUUUGCAGUAGGCGGUAGUCUUGUUACUGGAUGUGGGUGUAGUCGUGUUAUGGUGUAGAAUGUGCGUGCCCUUUCACGUCGCCACGCGACUGAUAUUACAGGUUAUUGAGGCGGGAGACGGCAUUGCCCCACGCAGCGCGACAUAAUUUGCAACCAGGGCUAGGGAAGGAGGGCACUGCGUUCAAGGAGAAGAGGCGGGCCCGGAACAAUACAAUGUCAGGGCGUGGGAACGUGUCAGACAGGUACAUGGCCGGGCAAACCCGGGAGCGACUUGACAAGACUGGUUGGCAGGGCUUUCGGCGGUAGGGCUCUCGCCAGGUGCUGGGGUCUGGAGUCUGGACAUGGCCAGGCGAAAAAUCCGUCGGGGGAUCACAUCACCGUCGUGGGGGCAGCGGUAAAUCCAUUCCAACUCGAGCCCCUCAACGCCUGCGGGGAGCAUUUCUUCAGACUGUUGAUACUUGACUUUGACUUAAGGAACGUCCAGAGGCCGGGAAGAUAUGUGACCAAAAGGAGGGACUACUUAUCGAAGUGCGGCGAAAGCCGAAGAACGCUGAGCGCGGGAGAGGAGAGCUGCUGGAGGCGUUUGGGGCGGAGCCAGGGGAGGAGCGGGGGUGGGGAGGAGUGCAGGGACAAGUUACGGGCCAUCGACUCUCAUUUUAAGGUUUUAGGUUCUA